CCACUGGAAAAACUUGGGGGAUCCUCAAAUCCCCAAGCAUCUCACAGAAUCCAUCUUUCAUUGCCAAGAUACCCCUUGAAGUCCCAUUUUCCAAUGACUUCUGGAGGCCUGGCUGCCUCAUCCCUUCCCUCCACCCCAGAAGACCCCCCUCCCGUCCGGGGCACCCGCCUGCCUCGUCCUUUUCUCCGCAGCCUCCGGACCCUCUUUGAAAUCUUGGAUGACCAACGAAGUGGGACUGUCCACAUCUCCGAAAUCGAGAGCCGGUGGGGACGAAGGGACUCCGGUGUGACCCCGCAAGGAGACAAAGAGAGAUGCCAGCUCCCAUCCGGGGUGUUACAAGCCCUCCAGCAGGUGGCAGAGCCCUGCGGGGGGUAUUUAAGCUUCCCCCGCCUGGUGGCGGGGUUGAGAAUUGCCCUCCUUCGGGCUGAAGAAGAGGAGGAAGAAGCGGAGAAGGCCACCGGAGAAGGGACCAGAGGUGGGCAGACCGAAAGGGGACGCAGUACCUCACAGUCCAUGAAGAACCUGUGUCGGAUACGAGAAUCCGAAGGGAAGGGUGUCACUCGAUCCCGUAGCAUCAAUAGCUCCCUGUGCCAAGCUGGGCGACGCAGGAGUAUCCGAAUCUCCAAGGAGCCACGCAGACACACCAUUUCCAAUGCCAUGGAAUACGAUAUGCUGAAACGAAUGCAAGAGCUGGAGAGGGAGCGGGAUGCCUUGUUGCAUGGCUUGGAAAUGGUGGAUCGGGUGCGGGACUGGUUUCAGCACCAUCUGCUGGAGGCUCAGAGGCGCCAGAAGCACAUGGGAGCAGAGGCAAACUAUUUCUCCGACCCGUACUCCACCCAGAGUUGCCUCCUGCUGGCCAGGAUCCAGGAAGUGAACCUGUGCUUGAAAAACCUGCUCACUUCUCCCGGAAAGCCUGAUGCUCCAUCCAGUGGUUUGGGGGUUUAUCCACCAGGAAAAAAGGAAUUUCACCAGCAAGCAGUCACUGUCCUCAAGGAACAAAAUCACCUGCUUAUCAAGGAAGUCUCUGAGAAAAGCGACCGCAUUGCCCAGCUGGAGCAAGAGAAAGCAGCCCUUUACAAGCAACUGAAGGAGAGCCGGGGCUACCGACUACCAAGCCAUAAAGAGUCCACCUUUAUUUGACCCACUGGGUCUCUGUUCGUAGACUGUGAACAGGGUGAAAUCACCUGCUUUUGUAUCCUCAUUGCCUGUGACAUCUCCUCCUCCUCUGAGCCCAAGGCAAAGGACACAUCUUUCUGGGAAACCUUUCUGGCCUGCAAAAUUCAUGGCAUUUUCUCACCUCACUGCAGUUGUCUCUAGCAACAAUUGCUCCUCUGCACAGUAGCUGAUUUCUUCAAUGAUACCUAUCAGGAAAGUGUGAUUGUAGACUUAACUCGUGUCUCUCUACCCACUAUGUUUGCAUAGUUGCAAAUUCAGCCUGGCUGAUAUUGCAGACAGGGAUCGUGGUUAGUGUGGAAACCUGGGAGCAAAGGACCAUUGCAAGUCAUGGAAAUGAGCAGAUGGAGAAGACUUGGCUUGCAAAAGAAAGCCACACUAUUUGGAACAAUGGAGGGUGGGAAUGGUGUUGUUUGCUGACUUCCCCAACAUGGACCAACAUGUUUUUAUUUCAGGUGCAA